UCUCCAUUCGACUGUAGAGCGAGGCAGCAAGCUUUAUAUUCGCUUCUGCAGGCUGCAAGUCAACAGUCUAAAAGGCAUCUCUUCAAUCUGUGCAAAAAGGGAGGAGUUGGAUUCUGGGCUGCUACAGCACAAAGAGAGAAACCAGUGAAAACUGCAAGUAUUGUCUGGCACUGGCGAGGGAGAUGGAGGAGUAAAAGACCUGAGCAACAGGGGUAAGCCUCACCGGAUUUUCAAAGUGAUUGCCUCUGCGAGUGAAGCCAUCGCUUACAUCUGCAAUUUUCACAUCCAUUUAUCUAUUGAUGAAGGACUGGUAAUGGUUACGCGUGAUGGUUUUUGUUAAUGGCGUGAUUCAGCUGUUUUCCUCAAAGGAAUCCUUAUGUAAAUCAAUUUUACAUCCCCCAAGGAAUUCACUUCAUUUGUUUACAUCUUUUUAAGCGUGAACGUUGGGACAGCUGAGUAUUAGGAAUUCACUGCUACAUGGAAUUUCUGCCUGGAGAUGGCUGUGGGAAAAGCCGAGUGUAAAUUAGGGAAGUACAGGGUGGGCUAAUAAAAGACUGCAUCUACUAAAGAAGCACCUGCCCAGACUUGAGCAAUUAUGGUCAAAGCAUCCACAUCUGAAUCAAUGGCCCUGGGGACACACAAGCGACAUGAUGCCCAGGAAACAACUCUCCAAACCAAUGAUUCCAGCUCACUGAAAUCAACAUGGAAAGAGAUCACGGUGGCUUUCAUAAUGAAGACCAAGAUCCAUGGUUUGAAGUUCAUCUUCUCUACAGACAAGUCGAAACCGCAGCGGGUCAUCUGGAUGAUGGCCUUCUCUGUUUGUGUGGGUCUUCUCGCCACCUGGUCCUGGAACAGAAUCCUCUACCUGAUGUCCUACCCUGCUGUCACAAAGAUCUACAUGGCUUGGGCUCACAACUUGUCCUUCCCAGCUGUCACUUUCUGCAAUAAGAAUGUCUUCCGUGUGUCCACAGUGACCAAGCAUGACCUUUACCACAGCGGCUACUGGAUGGACCUCAUGUACCCCAAUCACACUGUGAUGGAGAGGAGCCUUUCAAUUCUUAAGGACAAUCAAAAACAUGGUCUCCUGAACCUGCUGGACUUCAGCAACUACACCCCACCCCCUAACUACCACAUCAACACCACUGAGAUGAUGGGACGCCUCGGGCACCAGCUGGAAGACAUGCUGUUGGAGUGCAGGUUCCGCGGCGAAACAUGCACCUACAAAAACUUCAGCACUGUAUGUACAGAAAGAAACAUGGCAUUUUGUCAGAUUUACACACGCUACGGAAAAUGCUACACUUUCAACUCCGGAUUAGAUGGCAACCCUUUGUUGACAACGUUGAAAGGUGGCACAGGGAACGGCUUGGAGAUCAUGCUGGAUAUUCAACAGGAUGAAUACCUCCCUGUGUGGGGAGAGACAGAUGAGACCUCCUACGAAGCAGGCAUCAAGGUUCAGAUCCACAGCCAGAGUGAGCCGCCCUUCAUUGACCAACUGGGAUUUGGUGUCGCCCCUGGUUUUCAAACUUUUGUGUCAUGUCAGCAGCAACUGCUUCAGUACCUCCCUCCGCCUUGGGGAGAUUGCAAGUCCACCCCUAUAGAGUCUGAAUUCUUCUCCACGUACAGCAUCACCGCCUGCCGUAUUGACUGUGAAACCCGGUACCUGCUGGAGAAUUGUAACUGCAGGAUGGUUCACAUGCCAGGGACCUCAACAGUUUGCACACCUGAGCAGUACAAAGACUGUGCUGACCCUGCUUUAGACUUUUUGGUAGAGAAAGACAACGAUUACUGUGUCUGUCAGACCCCCUGCAACAUGACUCGCUAUGGCAAGGAGCUGUCCAUGGUUAAGAUCCCCAGUAAGGCAUCUGCUAAAUAUCUGGCUAAGAAAUUCAACAAAACUGAGCAGUAUAUUGGAGAAAAUAUAUUGGUCUUGGACAUCUUUUUUGAAGCUCUGAAUUACGAGAAGAUUGAGCAGAAGAAGGCCUAUGAAAUUGCAGGGCUUCUCGGUGACAUUGGAGGUCAGAUGGGGCUGUUUAUCGGAGCCAGUGUUUUAACAAUACUGGAAAUAUUUGACUACCUUUACGAGGUGUUUAAGGACAAGGUUAUGGGUUACUUCGUACGCAAGAAACGGCCACAGCGUUGCCAGAGCGACAAUCUGGAGUUUCCAGAGAACACAACCAGCCCUGGUGUCACGCCUAAUCAUGCCCCCAGAGCACCUGUGACACACUCCGGAGUCACUCGGACAGUCUCGGAUUCACGCCGAACAUGUUACCUCGUCACCCGACUCUAGGCAACUUUGAGGAGUUUGCUUGUUGACAACAUUUAAGUAGGGGACGUGGGUGGGGUUGCACACCUGGGGACUUGACAGCAAACUGUGAAAUAAUUUGUGUAUUUAACAGAAAAAUGGGUUGAUUGUAUAACUCAAACACACAUAUAGUAUAGAGUUUAUCAAUGCCUGAAUAGAAAUAGAAUACUAUCAUCAGAGAAAAAAAAAAAAAAGAGAAAGUAGAGAAACCACUUCCAAAACAGAACUCAGGUUUAACUGCCAUGUCAAGGCAUCAGCAUUAAUUUAUUCAUGUUUCAUUUUUUUUAUGGAAUUGCUUUUUCUUCUCCAGUCACUUUAAAGGUUCAUACAAUCACUGAAGAUAAAUAAUGUGUCCAAAAGUGACUCAGACCUGUGUUGAGGCGAGUUACUGUUGUGCUAGUUUUCCUGUGAUCAAAAAGGUUUAAAAAAAAAUCAAAUGUGGGUAGGUGUGCAUAGCUUAUCAGUGUUGUGUCUCCGGCAUCUAACCAAUGCUGUAUUGAGUGACCUUAUACCUGUCACUAGUUAGAACAGGAGUCUUUUUAGGAAAUCUGCUCCGCUUUGAGGAGCCGAUUGUUGGAGAAAAGAGCUGCUCAGACCCGAAUCAAAACAUGAGACCUGUGUUAAAUGUUGCCUUUUGCUACUUUGAGGCGUUGAAUUGCCUCAUUAAUUAUACAACUGUGCUUAUUCAAUUUAAAAACAGAGGAGGAACUUGACUAUUUGUAUAUAUGCAAGUAUUAAGUUGUGUUCCACAUGAACCCUGACUCACUGUGUACAUACAAUUCAUAAAGGUUUAAAAAAAAACUAAAACGGAGCGAGUCAGGAAGAAUGAAGGCUGUUGAUUGUAUCUUUAUAUAGCUGACAUUUUUAUUUCCAUUUAUAUUUCCCAUUUUUCUGGGAAAAAUGUUGCCAUGGUGACCGUCACAAAAUAGUACUAGCAUUAAGCAUGCUGUAAAUGUUGGCCCCUAUUUCCUCGGAACCAUCAGACCAAAAACAGCCGGGCUUUCUUCUGCCUUUUCUAAUAAUUGUGUUUGCUCCUUAUCGUGUCUUAAGGAUGUUCAUCAGCACAAUGAUAGUAAUCUAUUCUCUAUUGAACAUGAGGGGAGUUUAAAAGGCCUGAUAGUGACAUUCCUUCACUUGGCAGAAAUGUGUAAAUAAACGCGACUAAAUGCCAUGAUGAUAUAUAUAUCUAUAUAUAUUUAUAUAUAGAUAUAUAUAGUUUUCUGGUUAUUAUAAUAUUACACUAUGACUGAAAGCUGGAGACUUAUUCUAUCCCUGAGAAUUGCCUCAAAACAUCCAAACCACCAUGCACCUCAGCGUCAUUCAGUUAAGUUGAUUUAUAACAGCAAUGCAUUGUACAAUUUUACCACUGUAACCUAUUAUUAAUAAUACUAUUAUUAUUAGUAUUAUUAUUCCAGAACAUGUAUUAAGUCACAAAUACCAGUUUGUGAUGUAUAAAUGAUCCAAGUAUAAUAAACUCUAUAUUUACCCAUCUCAUGUACACAAUGUUCCUUCUUAUCUUCAUGUCGCUCCACUUUGUCUCUGCUUAAUUCACUGUUGUUUGAAUCCUUGACACCACAGUUACGGACUUGUAGGUACACUUUCGCACCCAUCCUCUAUAAAUACUUUAUUGAAUUCUUCUUUUUUUAAAUAAAAAAAAUAAUUAUGUGAAACUUUCAAGUAUAAUGCCAAACCAGAUGUGAGUGGUGUUCAUAUUAUUGUAGCUUUAUUACUCUGUUGUCUGUGUAUUAGAUGACUGUUGAUGUGAAGCACAAACCCUUGGAGAUCAGCCAUCAAUUGAAAGCCAAUGACUGGACGUCUAUGGUUGUGACUACCUUUUAUGGAUGGAGUGUUAACCUCUCACUGUUACACGUGGUCCGUUCACUGCUCCAGCAUAUUCAGGAAUCAGAGCUCCCCCGCGAGGAGCCACAGACCACCUUGUGAAGAGACUGGAAAUCUUUACCUUUCAGGAAAAAUGAGAAAAGGUGAAUCAGUGGCAUUGAGCAAUAAGUGCACUGAAUCAGAGGCCCCUGUUGCUUAAAUGAAAUGAUUUGAUUUGGGGCUUACCACAUUCAAUCACUAACAAAAGGAAAUAACACAGAUGUGCUAUUAGAGAUUAAGAGACGCAAAUGCCACUUCACGCCACACAAUGAUGCUAUUCUGAAGAUGCUGCAUUGCCAUGAUGAUUUCGAGUGUGUAUGUAUCACGUUGUCAGAAUAGAAAAGCAAAGUAUAUAAAAAAAAAAGAAGAAAAAUGACCCAGAACCUACUGUGAACUGUAGGAUUUAUGUCAGUGUUGCUGGUCUUUACCUCUUCCUGUCACUCCUGCCUCACCAGUCCAAGAACAGCAGAGUGUAUCUGAACUGGCAGAAACUAUUAUUGACCUGUUUAUGCUCAUUAAGUAGACUGAAUCUUACUGCAUAGCUAUGACCAAGUAGAAAACCAUAUUCUAUACUGUUAUUAUACUGUACAGAGAUUUGAGCUAUUUUAUUCUUACAGUCGAUAAUUAAACAGCACUUCGCUCAUUUUCUUCUUGCAUGAACGCUGUGUAUUCCUAUUAUCCCCGGUCUCUAAAUGUAAUACUAGCCAUGCUUUUCAUUUUGUAUUGUCCAAAGUGUAUUUUUGGAGCCAGAUGAAUCAAAGCAAUGUUCUCCAUAUCCCUGUUGUGCACUGUUUAUAAUCUAAUAACAAUAAAAACCCCAUUCUAACUAGGCAUUGGGAUAGUGCAAUGCUCGGCAACGGAAAACGUUGUGUGCAGGUAUGGAAAACUGAAAUAUCCAUAAUUACACUUUUAAUGAUUCUAAAAUACUUUGUAAGACUUGCAGUCAAGUGCAAAAUGUGCCUUUAAGACUGGUUCUUACUGGUGACGCCGAGAUACUCGCGCUCGUGUGGAGAACUGGAGUUGCUUCAUCUUCCUCCAUGUGCUCUAUGUGCAUUUUAUUGUAGAUAAUGUGAUUUUAACUCUGAGCUGUACAAUAAAUAGUUAUUACACUUAA